CUUCUAAUCUUAAUAAACUACCAAAAAUGUAUUUUAGUUGAAUUUAUUUACUAAAUUGCCAUCUCGUCGGUUCUCUGCCGCGCCGUCGGCCGCCACCCACCUCUCCGUCAUGUCAGUCCAAUUCUCCCUAUCAAAGCUCCGUCGUUGCUCUCGUAAUUUACCGGAAAUCUCCUUUCUCCACACUGUCACUUCUUCAGACUCUUAUACUAAAACCUCAAACCCUUCCAAUCACUAUCGCCGCCACAACCAUGGCCACCGCCGGCACCUCCACUUUCUCAGCUCGUUAUUACCGUCGCAGCCGCAACUUUCUGGACCGCGCUGUGUUUCCUUCUGCCGUUCGUUCUCCACUCGCGGCUGGCGAGUUGGUGAUAUCGGUGACUCGGUGAUGACUCAGUAUGAGAACACGGAGUUGUCAUUGAUCGGAGAAAAUGUUAGUGGAAGUGUUGAGGAUUCAAUUCUCCCAGUACGUGCAUUGAUUUCAUUGCUGGAUGGUUAUCAUGACCUCACUGGCUUCCCUUGGUGGAUCAUAAUAGCUUCUUCAACAGUGGCUAUGAGGCUGAUAUUGUUCCCGUUUGUAAUAUUGCAACUCCACAAGUUGAUGAGGAUUGGAGAGUUAUUUCCUAAAUUGCCUCCUCCAUUCCCUCCGCCUAUGUCAGGAAGGAGUUUAAGAGACCAACUUAAAAUCUUUUUCAAGCAGAAACGAGAAGCAGGAUGUCCUUCAUUUUUUUGGUACUUCGCCUCUCUGACAGUUCAGAUGCCCUGCUUUCUUCUUUGGAUUACAACUAUUAGAAGAAUGUCACUGGAUCAUCACGAAGGCUUUGAUUGUGGGGGCAUUCUUUGGUUCCAGAACUUGACUGAGUUCCCUAGCGGUAUUUUAGGGCCAGUCAUUCCUUUACUGAUUGCGGGCUUGCAUUAUGUCAAUGUUCAGGUAUCCUUUCAGAAAUCUUCAGUUGGAAAUAUGGGUGGAUUCCUGGGAUUAUUAGCCGAGUACUACAAGAAGUACUUGGAAGUCCUGACCUUACCCUUAUUGUUUAUUGCAUUCAAUAUUCCCCAGGGGAGUUCAGUCUAUUGGCUUACCAAUAGUUCGAUGACUGUUGUUCAGCAACUAUCACUAAAGCAUCCAGAUGUUCGCAAGAAACUGGGCCUACCUCAUAUGGAUCCUCAGUCAGUGACUGCACAUCAGAAAGAGUUAGGUAAUCCUGAAGAAAUCAAAAUAGAACCAUCAAAAAAGCAGCGGAAAGUAUCUGUCCAGAACCUAUCACCUCAUGAAUUGGUUAAUCUUUCAAUCAAAUUCUUAGCAGGAGGACGUAAAGAUGAAGCUAUGCCCUUUCUUCGACUUGCUCUUGCAAAGGAUCCCGAGUAUGUUCGAGCUUUGCUUGUUAUUGGCCAGUCACUUUUGCAAGAUGGUUCCUUACCAGAAGCUACUGAAUACUUGGAACGUGCUAUUGCUAAGCUUCAGCUAAAGGAGAAUCCGAUGGACAUUGAGGAUGUUGAUCUCCUGAUUCUAUCAUCCCAAUGGGCAGGUGUUGCCUGUAUACGGCAGGGUAAGAUGGGAGAGGGACUUGUACACCUGGAACGAAUAGCUAGUAUAAAAGAGCCAGAGGACCCAAAGAGCAAGGCUCAUUACUAUGACGGAUUAGUACUGCUGUCAAGUGCGUUGGUCAAUGUUGGUCGCAAGAACGAUGCAAUUAAGCAUCUGCAAUUGGCUACUGCUUAUAAUGAGUCUUACAGGGAACUUCUGCAACAAUGCGAAAAUGAAGAGGAUGAUAUCACUGGUGACCUUGUCAAUAGUAGAAGAGCAGAUUACUGAGUUUUGCGAGCGCAUUUUGUGCAUUUUCCCCUUUAUGCUUUUGUUGGCUUGUCUUAUUGUUAUUUAGUUGUAUCAUAGUGAAUAAUUGCCGCUGUAAAACUUUGUAGGCGCCAUUCUUUUUGCUGAAAUUUUUUUGAUAGGUCAAUGAUGUAGUAAGGUUUUCGUUGAAUCUAGAUCUUAAAUUGAUCGAGGUGUCAACAGAAUCUGUACAAAAUGAUUUUGAUAGAGAUCAGAUUUUUUCCCCUUGAAAUACCAUGAGGUUUGUUGUUUGUAGAUCUCCUAAAAGGAGAAUUCGUAUAGGUACAUUCAAAUUCUGGGAUUGGAUAAGUUGGUGAAUCAAUGUUUUUAGCAUAACUCAGUAA